UUUUGCAACCUUUGACCUUUAGGUCAGGUGGCCAUCUUGCAUCUUGUGAACACCAAUUUCAAGAAAACAAGUAUAAAACGACUUAUUUUCGUCACUUAAGUGGGCUUUUUACGACACCAGUUACCAUGGCAACCACAGAGGCUGCUAAGAUCUGUGGACUGUGUAAGGAGGUGACCUUGGCCAUCCUUCCCAGACUGCACCAGGAAGAACUUCUGCUUGAACUUGGCAGAAGGAACAUCCUUGUGGGAGAAACUUUCAAGAAGGAGAGUUUAGUCAGCAAGCUGUGGUUCAUCAUGAUCAAGGAGUUCCAAGGUACAGAUCGCUGUGUGAUCCCAGACCCCCCUACGGCUGCUAGUGGUACGUCCUGCAGUUCUGCCACAGAACAGAGGAACAUGUGGGUGACCUUGUCAAACGACCUUCAAGAGCUGAUGGAGACAGUAACAUCAACAAACACCGCCACGAACAUCGUCCCAGUCACUAGUCCAACCAGAAGUACCAACCCCACCCUAACACAACCAUCCACAUCGGUCACAAUGUCAAGUCCGCAGAGACUCCCCAUACUCGCACAAGAGGUCGUCGUGGAGACAACAACAGUCACCUCACCAAGGAGAAGCGCAAGGCUACACACCUUAGAGACACAAGCAUCGUCUUCAAGUGUAAGAAACCUGAGGAACAUAGGUGAGACUUUAGAAGAGAACACUGCAACAAAGGAAGGACUGGGGAAAGGAUACCUGAAGAGGGAGCUUCGAGCUGUCACAGUAACCAGGCAGUCCUGUAGUGUGGGCUCUAACACUGUAGUGACAGACCUAGGGGCCAUGAGGGAGCUUGUGGAUGAAGAUGGGAAUGAUCCCAAUGCAGAAGAAGAAGAUGAUGAUGAAGAUGGAGUAUCAUCAGAUGAAGAUGAUGCUCCAUUGGAUGAUGAUGAUCCGGAUUGGCAGCCAGAUUCACCAGUGGAAGACAGACAGCCACACAGUAGCAGUGACAUAGAGGCCAGUGUAAGUGAUAAAAACAGUCAUGCAGGAACCUCUGAAGAAGUGAUCACUGUCUCACAAGGUGAAAUCUUGACACCCCCUCGUCAUGACGGACCAACCAAAUCUCAGCAACAAGGUCGCAGUCCAAUAGUCAAAUGCCCAGAGUGCGACUUUACCACAGCAUCUGGACACCGCCUCAGACAGCACAAGACCUGUCACGACAAGACCCGUAUCUACGCCUGCAAAAAAUGCGAGUACCGAGGGCGGAAGAAGGCACACCUUCAGGAUCACAUGAAGGUCCACAGUGGAGAGCAAGCCUACAAGUGCAGAGAGUGUGACUUUUCCUCCAGGCUCUCCAGCCAACUUUCCCUGCACAUGAAGAAAGAACAUGGUGCCCCGGGUGCAAGUGGUGCUCUCUGUGAGCUAUGUGGGUACAAAGCCGAAAGACUGUACAUGUUGAAGUUGCACCGGUAUAAGCACACAGGUGAGAAACCUUACAAGUGCUUACUGUGUGCCUUUACAGCCAGAGAUAUGCCAACCCUUGUCAGACAUUCCAAGGUCUCCCACCCAGGGGAAAACUGUUACAAAUGUGCCCACUGCAGCCACUUUGCUAAAACCAGAAGUCUUUUACGCAAGCACGAAAGAACGCAUAAGGCAGAACAUGUGCAUAAAUCUCCUACAAGACCGUGUCCAGUUUCAAGCAAUGACAGGAAUAAAUUGGUUGCCCAACGAGCCAGAUCGAACAAUAAGAGACAGACAAGUCAGCAAUACUCUUGCCCUGUCUGUAACCACAAAACCGACUUACUUUGCAACAUGAAGGAACACAUGAAAACCCAUGGCAAGGUCUAUAAGUGUGACAGGUGCGAGUUCUCUGCCAAUACUUAUGCCAGCUUAAGACAACACAUUGCAAACCACAAGAAAACUGAGAAGUACAAAUGCGACAAGUGUGACUUUACUUCCAAAACAAAGUUCGUUCUCCUCAGACACACCAAAGACCACGGAGACAACCCAUUCCAAUGCCAACACUGUGAAUUUAACGCAAACACUCAGGAUGAUUUGAGUAUCCAUCUAGGAGAGCACUUUGAUCCAUCUAAUGCAAUCAUUUGUGGCUUGUGCGGAUAUGUUGCAAAGACUGAGGAUAGGCUGGAACAGCACAUAGCAGAACACGACGCUGGACUGAAAAUGUACAAGUGUGAUUUUCAUGGCUGUGAUUUCUCAAGUCCAGAUCGUCAGUGUUUUGUUCGUCAUGUGACUUCGCAUGAUCCAAGCCGCCAGUAUCCAUGCAAGCUUUGUGACUACAGAGCAAAGAGGAAGAUAGACCUUGCAACUCACAUGCGGACUCACACCGGAGAGAAACCAUUGAAGUGUUCCAAGUGUCCCUUUGCUACAUCUCUGCCACCGGAACUGAAGCGACAUGAAGCAGGGCACGGACGCAACUUCCCAAACAUGUGUGAUAUUUGCCAGUUCACUGCAAGAAGCAAAAACAGUUUAGCCGAACACAAGAAACUGCACAAGGGGGAGGCACUGAUGGAGCACCCAAGCAUCGGUAAAGAAGGGGUCGAAGCACAUCGGUGUUUGCACUGCGACUUCAAAGCAUCAGAUGGACAUGAACUGUAUUUACAUGCAAUGAAACACAUUAAUGAUGAGGACCAAGAGGAUGAUGGUGAUGGUGAUGUUGAACAGGAGGAAAGUAAUGACAAGGAUGAUGAAAAUUCCUAGGAUUCCGUCAAAGACUAUUGUUUCCAAAAUUAAUCAAUGUUCUAUGAACAAUUCUAUGAUCAUUAAUAUUUGAAUAUUUAAAAGGCCAAGGCCUUAAAAGCAUUUUUCCAUGGUCUGUUUCCUCCUUAUAAUUUUAAUAAUAUAUGAGGUUGUUUUUCUGUUAUCAAAAUGAAAUGUAGUACCAUUUCAUUUAGUUGCGUAUACAUGUUUGCAAUGAGGAUGAUAAUUUAUUAUUUAUUACUAGGAAAGAAACAGGUUUGCAGGUGUGUUUGAUCUAUGCUUUGGAACCUUGGAGAAUAAAAGAAUUUAACAUUGUGAAA